GUUUGUUUUCACAUUCCGAAUAUCUGAGUUUGCCACUCUUCUUGUUGCGAAGUCUGCGGAGAUUCCAUAUGAAGGUUUGGUCUUAAGGGCCGCCUCUUAACGUCAUGGCCAAGAAGGGAAGGUGGUGAACUACACAGUAGCAUCUUAUCAGGAUUGCCCUGCUACUAUGGACUAAGGUGGGCCGACCAUGGCAUCCAACACAGCUGGCAGGACCAGGAGUGGAGACCCUCGAGAUCGGCAGGCUGGCAACUCUGCCAACUCCAAAAAACUCAGUAAAACAUCUUCAGCCGUACCCAGGAACAGUGCUGACAGCACCUACAGAGAUGCGGCUGCAGCUACAGGUGCAGCAUCUGACAACAAGGGGGAGGAAGGGAGUGGACAAGGUGACAAGACUCCAGCCUCCAGGAGAAGUAGUGCUGGUAGUCAGGGCACAGGAGAGCAGAAGGCCACAGGGACUGCAUAUAAUAAUACAGGCACAAGACCUCCAGUGGACGUACAAGUCACCAGAGAUGAUACGAAAGCUGACAGCACACUCUUCGCAUCAGUGGGAGUCCUGUACCCUCCGCAGAGACAGGGUAGCCAGUCCACCAUUUCCACCAUUCCUGCUGAAGAGAACAUUUCUGCUAACCCACCCAGACUGCUGCUUCUCUCUUCACGUGCCAAGAACAGUGGCACUAUCGCUACAUCAGUUCGCUCCAACGUACAUGUCAUCAGGUAUAACUACGAGAACUCCACCUUGGAUGGCAUCCUGAAGCAGGCAGCAGAAGUCCUGGGGGGGAUCAAGGUGGAGAGCAUUGCCUGUGUGAUGCACAGCUCAGGGGGGAGUAUUUAUGUGUGUUCGGACCGUCUGUUGACUUCUCUGAACAUCAUCGAACAAUCCUCUAUCCGUGACUUCUACAGCACUUUGGUAGAGAACCACCUCGACAGGUCCUUUGUGAAUGCCAGACUGGACUUCCUGGCCUGCAGUGCUGUUCAGAGUGUGGAGAGUGGGACCAUACUACAGGAGAUGGAGUCCUUAUUAGGAGUGUCCGUGGGAAUGGCUAAAGAUCUGUCAGCGGCAGAAAUCAGCAUGCAGAGAAUAGGAGAAGACAGUUCCACUACAGUUGGUGAGCUGUACUUCAGGGAGGAGAAGCUGCAACAGCUGAGCGGCUCCAGUCCGCAGACGCUGGCCGGGUUUGAAAAGAUCAGGACGGUGGGGAAAGGAGCGUACGGUACUGCAGUAUUGUACCGCAAGAAGGACGACGAUUCUCUAGUCAUUUUGAAAGAAAUCAACAUGCACGAUUUAACAGCAUCAGAAAGGCAGAUGGCUCUGAACGAAGUCAAAGUCCUGGCAAUGUUGGACCAUCCGAACAUCAUCACGUAUUAUGAUAGCUUUGAGGAGGAUGGGGUGCUCAUGAUUGAGAUGGAAUAUGCAGAUGGCGGGACUCUUGCAAAAUAUGUCGGACAAAGGGAAACUCCGCUGUCAGAAAAGGAGAUCCUCUUCAUGUUCCAGCAGAUAGUGGCAGCAAUACGGCACAUCCACGAACACAACAUCCUACACAGGGAUCUGAAAACAGCCAACAUCUUUCUAACAAAGGAAGGUGUCAUCAAAGUUGGAGACUUUGGUAUUUCCAAAAUGAUGACUUCAGCAAACCAUGGUGCUAACACAGUUCUGGGCACGCCCUAUUACAUCUCACCUGAGAUGUGCGAGGGGAAAGCCUACAACGACAAGUCUGACAUCUGGGCUCUGGGCUGUAUCAUGUACGAGAUGGCAUGCUUACACAGAACUUUUGAAGGCUCCAAUUUACCCGCGCUGGUCAAUAAGAUCAUGAACGGGCAGUUCGCCCCCGUGAAGGGAAACUACAGCCAUGAGUUUAAGGAUCUGAUUCAGGACAUGCUUCAGCGGGAGCCCCAGUACAGACCAUCUGCUAAUGAGCUGCUGUACCACAGGUUACCAGAGCUGAUGGCAAGGUAUGAGGAGGGUGCCACAGAGUGGGAGGAUGAGUUGUCUUCAUCCCUGGAUGGUUCCAAACAACUGGCCAGCUGCAAGCGGCGCAGAACCCGGUCUGUGCUGGUUUACCUUGACACGUGCGCCAUGACACUCACACCCAUCGAGCUUCCUGCCAAGAUCAAGAUCAGACAGGUCGCCGUGGGGUUAGAACACAUGGUCGUGGUGGCUAUGGAGAGGGCAGUGUACACCUGGGGGGAGGGGAGCAAAGGUCAGUUAGGCCAUGGGGACCUUCUGGGUCGUAGCAAGCCAGAAAUGGUGGAAGCCCUGAAGGGGAAGUCGAUCGUGCGUGCCUGCUGCGGAGACGGCUUUAGCGUGUUCGUCAGCGACAACGGGAUCGUGAUGACCUGCGGAGAUGGGAGUAAUGGCUGCUUGGGGCAUGGGGAUUGGAUGAGCGCCUCGCGACCGCGGCUGAUCGAGCCCCUGCUGAGUGUGGACGUACGUGCCAUCUCCUGCGGGCCGCACCACGUUGUGGCGGUGGGGAGCGACGGGGAGGUGUUCGCGUGGGGGCGCGGGAAGCACGGCUGCCUGGGCCUGGGGGACGAGGAGGACCACUUCUCCCCUCAGGAGGUCCAGAUCAGCGAGCCAGUCUUCAUCCGGGAGGUCAAGUGUGGCGUGGACGGCACCAUGUUUCUAACAGACAUGGGCAGUGUGCUGGCAUGUGGGAACAACGAAAAUAAUAAACUCGGUCUGAACCAUCGGCAGGGGUUCCUGAGAGCCAUGAAAAACCUGCUGCAGAAGGUGGAAGUUCCGGGUCGGAAGGUUCCCACCGUCGUGCGAGCCCUGACCAACCACAGAGCCAUCGACAUGGCGGUGGGGCCACACCACACAUCUGUACUGGUGGAGCCUGGCAAGGUGUACACCUUUGGCAGGAAUCUGGAGGGUCAGCUGGGGACCGGCCAUACCAAGCCUAGAGACGCGCCCAUGGAGGUCAAAGAUCUUAGUAUAUCAGACAAGACAGUCACCAUGCUAGCUUGUGGAGACAUGUUCACCGCGGUGGGUAUCAACUCCGAGAACGCGUUGUUCUUCUGGGGAACCCGUUAUCGGCCGAAGGACAAACCAGAAGAAAACAACAACCAAUCAGCUGAAGGAGCGGGCGCCGGUGAAGAACAAGACCACGCGCCGAUCGGACAUCGCAGAAAUUCUAGCAACAUCUCUAUCACCAGUGCUGGGAGUGUGAAUAACAUAGCCGUAGAAUCUAGAGCACACACUCCGACACAGGAUACUAACAGACUGUCUGUCAGCUCGGUAGGUUCUGUUCAAAGGCAAGUGUCCAGUUCUUCCCUGAAUGCAGAUAACACAGGUGGAGAUGGUGUAGACAGUAGGGAGACACGAGGUAGGUCUGCCAAAAGACACAGUUCCCACAGCAGUAUAGGCAGCAUCAAUAUUGGUGAGAAGGAGACAGAGCUCAUCACCACUCCCACACCCAUCCUACGCUGUGACUCCAUCAUCGGUACAGGCGGGACUCCUGGCGCCGAGCCCAUCCCGCUCACAUUGACUCAUGUCGUGGCUCACGGACAAAACCUGUUUGUACAGGUAGAGACGGCCGCACCCCCACCACGCAAAAGGACUCGGAAGAAACGAUCCUUCAAGAAGAAAAUGGGACCAAACCUAGAGGUCCCCCCUCGAAACCUCCACCAUUCAGCCUCUAGCAAUGACGCGGGGGAUGAGUACACCAGCUCCGAGGCCUCGGAGUACGACACACAGGGAACCAUUCCGACCUGGAUCAAGAACGAGCUGAGUACGUCAGCGCUCGUUAGUCAGGACGAACAAGACGCAGAUGAGAGUGAAGAUGGCGGCGUCACCGAUGAUGAUGCGCUCACAGAGACCGAGGCCUCCGGGAAUGACAGCAUUGUCUCCGUAGAAACAAGUAUUCAAAUCAACAAAGAACUGAAGAGUAAGGACGGCAUGAAAGCUAUACGAGCUGACUGGAACCCUAAACCCUCCCCUCAGGUGGGCAGAGCGAAGGAAAAAGAAGCUCUGGUGUUAGGUGAGGACAAGACUCAGAUGAAACGUGUGUCUACUGAGAGUAGUGUGGACACUUUUGCAGCAGAUGAACUGGAUCACCUUUCCAGCUCGGACUCUUCGGAACAGAUGGCAGUGGCCCUCAGAAAUGCGUCUGAGGUCACCAAAAGCAGCGAGGGGAAUCAUCAGGCUAGGAAGAAGCUGUCCCUUCCCACUGUAACCACAAAGGAAGGGAAACUGGCGCCGCCAUCUUCAUACCGUGCACAGGAGGGAAUGAAGCGGGUCGGCCCGAUGCCGGGGGUACAGCGACCGUUGAACCGUCUGCGUGCAGGCCGCUGCCGUGGUCGGGCGGGCGCACUGGUGCCAACCGUGAGCGAGCCCCCGGGGGGGCUGGGGAAGUCUGUCGCCAAACCUAUCUACAAAACCAAGGACACCCUGAUCACAGAGGUGGAGAGGUUGAAAGAAGAGAAGCAGCGUGCAGAAGAACAGUUAGAGAAGGUACAGGAGACCUACAAAGCACAGCAACAGAAACUGGAACAAGAACAGCAACAAGUGGUGGAGGAACGGGAACGAAAGCUGCAAGAGGAAAUAGAAAUCCUUCGUCAGGAGUUGACCAUUCAGAGUAACGCGCUGAAGGAAAACCAGAACAUCAUGAUGAGUCUGCAGGACCAGCUUGUCAGGGUUCAGUCUGAGCAGCUCCGAGCAAAUGCACGAGAGAAACGGGCGGCCAGCGCCCGGUCUCAGCCAAUCAGCUCCCCUCUAAAGAAACCAGAAAGUAAAAUCUGUAGUAUAAGCUAGAGAGUGGCUGUAUUAUAUGUAAUUUGUAGAUAAAUAUCCAUGUUUUGAUAUUACCCUUAUCAAUGACUUUUUAAGAACUGAAACCCAACUAGUACUACUAUUUCUGAAUGAUUGAGAUAGAGUACCAAAGAUUUAACCAUGUUGGCCAAUAAAGUAUUGAUAUGACAUAUUUAGAAAAAAAUCAAAUGCUUGUAUAUAAGAUAUGGCUUCAAAAUUUGAAGUUUCUGCAAUCAUUGUGCUUAUAAUGUAUGUAUGAAAUUGGGAGCCAAAUUGACCUCAAUUUUUGCCUAUUGUAGGUAGAUGAUGAUCAUUGUGAGUCCAGUUGAACAGUCUCGAUCCCAUGUCAUCUCUUAAGUGCACAAAGGUGUAGAUUGAAAUUGCGGCUGCUUUUGUGCCUUAUCAGAAACAAUUGUGAUACAAAUUUGUAAAAGUUCUAUUUGUAAAAUAAAUCAGCUUGGCAUGUUUGAAGAGCAC